AUGGCCUCCAGUGCAUUCUCCUCCUCCUCUUCCGCUUCCUCCUCCUCCUCAGCUACCACACCUGUACCGUUUCCGCUCCCACAUCCGCGGUACCCGGCCAAGUUCACGUCGUCCCUCCCGUGCGACGAACUUUCGGCCCUCGGUCACGGUGACGGCGAGGAUCCUGCACCCUACAGCCUGCUUAGUACUCCUCGCAUGAUCCGUAACGCCGUUUAUUCGUACAUCAACCCAGAGAACCAAUCUAGGGAUGCGUUUCUGUUGAGUUGGAACAGAGAAUUCGCUGAGGUUAUUGGCAUGGACAAGAAUAAGCUGGAAAGGACUCAGUGGACAGAAGAAGAGUAUGAGAACGUGGUCAAGAUGCUGACCGGUGGCACCAGAACACUUCCGCAGACAGAGUCAUCACAGAGCGACAAGGGACCGAGACUGGCGGAGCCAUGGGCACUUUGCUAUGGCGGACAUCAGUUCGGAUACUAUGCUGGGCAGCUCGGUGAUGGACGUGCUAUUUCGUUGUACGAAACCGUCAACCCCGAAACAGGAAUGACCUGGGAACUGCAACUCAAGGGCGCUGGAAAGACCCCUUACAGUCGAUUUGCAGAUGGAUAUGCCGUAUUGCGCUCUUCAAUCCGCGAAUAUCUUUGUGCUGAAGCGAUGGCGGCCUUGAAUGUUCCGUCGUCGAGAUCGCUCGCCAUCGUGUCGACAAAGACCAUGGUCAUUCGCGAAGAAGGACCGGAGCCAGGAUCGAUCGUCUGUCGUGUUGCUCCUAGUUGGGUCCGAUUCGGCAAUUUUGAAAUAUUUUUUUACCGCAAGGACCGAACCAACUUGCGCAAGCUGGCCGAGUAUGUCUCGCAAGAGGUCUUUCAGCUCCCCAAGGACAAUCCUCAGGAGAUGGCAGAGUUCGCAAAGACGUUCAGAAAUGCGGAGAUCAAGAAGCCCAUUGAUGCAGCUGAGAUCGCCGAGGCUCGAGAACAUCAAUCGCCAUCAUCGCGAGCGGCCACUGCCGCUAUCGAGGGCGCCGCAGAGGGCGCACCCGUGGCAGAUCCUCAGCACAAUGCGGCUAAGCACCUUUACCGAAAUCGUUUCGCAAAGAUGUUUGAGGAGAUUUCGCGACGCACUGCGAUCAUGGUCUCGGGCUGGCAGGCGACCGGGUUUUGUCACGGUGUCAUGAAUACAGAUAAUAUGUCGGUCCUGGGUCUGACGAUCGAUUAUGGCCCAUUCGCCUUCCUAGACAAAUAUGAUCCAGAGUGGAUCUGCAACCAUUCCGACUCGGAGGGCCGCUACGCGUUCCAACAGCAGCCUGGCAUCUGUAUCUGGAACCUGAGCCGACUGGCCCUAACGCUCGAGAACCUGAUCGGUGCACAGGAACGGGUGGAUGAUUUAGAAUGGAUGCAGCAGCAAGAGUCCGAUCCCGAGAAGGAGGAACACUUGAAGGAGGCAGCCCAUCACGUUGUGGUCGAGAUCUUGAACAAGAGUUUCCGAGAAGUGUUCUUGAAGGAUUACCGUGAACGCAUGAACGCGAAGCUGGGUCUUGGUGGCCCGGAGCAGGUGCGAAAUGAGGACUUGGCAAAGAUUCUGGUGCCUGCCCUGUCGUGGAUGGACGAUUACGAGGUUGACUUUCAUCAGUUCUUCAGGGACCUAGCGGAUUACAAAGUCCAGGAUGUGGAGGGCGUCGACCAGAAUAUGGAGCAGGUCGAGUUUUUUGUCAAGAAGCUGCUUCUGCCAGCCAUCUGGCAGGCACGAGGGUCUACUGCGGUGGCAGAGUCAAAGUCAUGGCUGAAGGCCUAUCACAGCCGAAUUGUCGAAUCUGAGGAGCUGAAGGAUGAUCAGCAGCGCCGGGCGAGGAUGAACCGAGUAAACCCGGCCUUUGUGCUCAGGAACUGGGUUGCUCAGAAGGUCAUCGAGCGUGUGACAGAGAGCGUGAGGAAAGUGAGGGGAGGCAGCGAGGAGGAAGACCCGGACAAGGACCUGUUGGACCGUGUGCUAUGGAUGUGCCAGCAUCCCUUUGGCGAGGAUGGACUGCUCAAAGGCGCUGCUGAUGAGACCAGAGUCGAUGUUGGAGCAGCGUGCGAGGUCAGGCGGAACGAUGUAGGAUUGGAGAUCUAUGGUGAGUUCGUCGGCCCGGUGCCUGAGUGGGGUCAGGGCAUCCAAUGUAGCUGUAGCUCUUAA